AUGGACGAAAACAACACUUACGACGGCCAGCUGUUCCAGCUCGUCCGACAUUCUGCAGCUCAUUUGUAAGUUUUUGCUUUUUCCUCCUCAUUAUCAAAUCAUUUGCCCACUUUCUUGAUGAAAAAAACCGCUUGAAAUUGAUAUUUUUCUCGAGAUCAAACUUUUUAAAUCGAGCCGACCUCGAAAAAUGGUCAGGACGCUUUUCAGACUCUUUUAAGGUUCAUAGGUAGAAAUUAUAAACGUCUCUCGGUAUUCAUUGAUUUUGUGUAGCUUCAAAAGCGUUUUUAAACAAACAGAAUAGCUAAAAAUAAAAAAAAAAAGAGGAAAAUUGCUCGGAAAAGAAUAUUUGUUACGAAGCUCCAAAUUACGUUCGAUAGGGCGCAUUUUCGAGACAUCGGGUUUUUUUGCGAAAAAAAGUUUUGACUGUUUUUUUCUAUUCUUUUCUCUACUUCAGUAUGAAUUAGCGAUCAUCAGGUUGCAAAAAAAGGAAAUAAAAAAAGUUUAUAGAUCAUUUUUUUUGUAUGUAUAGUAAGUCAAUGUUUGCAAAAAAACGAAAGAAUUUUUUUCUGUUUGAAUGAAUAAAUUAUUUAUUUUUUUCACAAUUCAUUUAAAGAAAAAUCCCAUUUCAAUUAUUAUUUUCAAACUUUUUCACCAGUAGAAAUAACCAACACGACAGAGCACUUGUACGUAUUUUGCAUAAUCUUCAACCUCUUUCUCCUUCUUUUUUUUGAACAGUUGUCAUAGAUUUUUAGGUUUCCAGUUAUGAAAAUUAAACUCAAACAGCCUUUGAGCACUAUAACUUGUAAAAAAUUAUGUUUUUUGAAGAAGAAAACUUAGAAAAGGUCAGUUUUUCAGAGGAUCACGUGCGGCCGUGUUGUGUAUUGUGGACGGGCCACGGCAACUCGUCGUUCAAUUUAUUUCAAGUUGGUAUUGUUUUGAUACCUUUUUCAUCAUUUUGGUGGGUUUCAUGACACAAAACUUUUAUUGUAUUCUUGUAGCCGAUUCACGGCUAGCUCGGGUUUGGCCUGUCUGCGCUCUCCACUAACCAUGCACUAGAGUUCUCAAAAAGUAAAUGUUUGAACGAACGUUCAACCAAACAUUUUCUGAACGUUUGAUGAAUUCGACCAAUUAGUUAAAUUUCACAUGAACUGUUUGUUAAAAAACUUCAUUUUGGUUAAAUUUCAUAACUGAGCAUUUAAAAAAAAUGAACAAUUACUUAUUUUUCGAAAAAAAUUUUGGUCAAAAAAGUAAACAUUUAAAAUUCAUUUCGGAAAUUUUGGUCAAAAAAAUGAACAUUUAAAUUUCACUUUCGGAAAUUUUGGUCAAAAAAAUGAACAUUUAAAUUUCACUUUUGAAAAAUUUUGGUCAGAAAAAGUAAACAUUUAAAGUUCACUUUGAAAAAUUUUGGUCAAAAAUGAACAUUUAAAUUUCACUUUCGGAAAUUUUGGUCAAAAAAAUGAACAUUCAAAAAUUCAUUUUAGAAAUUUUGGUCAAAAAAAUGAACAUUUAAAAUUCAUUUUUAAAAAAUUUUUUUCAAAAAAAGGUAAACAUUUAUUCAUUACUAUUACGGUACUUGGCAGUAUCUGUGUCGGAGUCAAUUCUAUCUCAGUCUUCUCCAAAUGAAAUCUUGAAUCGAUUACUUCGAAAUUCAAACUAAUUUCUGGUUAAAAAUUAAUAAAUCUGUUGGAAAACAGUGAUCUGGAUGGUCAAGGGCAAAGCUAAAAGCCGGUUAAGGACGAGAAAAAUUAUAUGGAACCGGUCAAAAAUGAGCAGACCGGAAGAAAGGUGCUAUCUGGAGAAUUAAUUGAAUGAGGAAAAAGAAAAAGUAUUAUUUGGAUUUUUAGUUCGGAAAAAUCCAGGUUCGAAAAGUUAUCGGCCGAAAAAAAUAAACAUUUAAUUAAUUUUCACAGUUGAAAAAUUUUUUUACGAAAAAGUAAACAUUUAAAAAUUCAUUUUGGAAAUUUUGGUCAAAAAGUAAACAUUUAAAGUUCACUUUGAAAAUUUUGGUCAAAAAAAGUAAACAUUUAAAGUUCACUUUGAAAAAUUUUGGUCAAAAAAAGUAAACAUUUAAAGUUCACUCUUGAAAAUUUUUGGUCAAAAAAAGUAAACAUUUAAAGUUCACUUUGAAAAAUUUUUGGUCAAAAAAAGUAAACAUUUAAAGUUCACUUUGAAAAUUUUGGUCAAAAAAAGUAAACAUUUAAAGUUCACUCUUGAAAAUUUUGGUCAAAAAGUAAACAUUUAAAGUUCACUCUUGAAAAAUUUUUGGUCAAAAAGUAAACAUUUAAAAGUUCACUCUUGAAAAUUUUUGGUCAAAAAGUAAACAUUUAAAGUUCACUCUUGAAAAAUUUUGGUCAAAAAAAGUAAACAUUUAAAAUUCAUUUUGGAAAUUUUGGUCAAAAAAGUAAACAUUUAAAGUUCACUCUUGAAAAAUUUUGGUCAAAAAAAGUAAACAUUUAAAGUUCACUCUUGAAAAUUUUGGUCAAAAAGUAAACAUUUAAAGUUCACUCUUGAAAAAUUUUUGGUCAAAAAGUAAACAUUUAAAGUUCACUCUUUGAAAAUUUUGGUCAAAAAAAGUAAACAUUUAAAAUUCAUUUUGAAAAUUUUGGUCAAAAAAAGUAAACAUUUAAAGUUCAUUUUGAAAAUUUUGGUCAAAAAAAGUAAACAUUUAAAGUUCACUCUUGAAAAUUUUUGGUCAAAAAAGUAAACAUUUAAAGUUCACUCUUGAAAAUUUUGGUCAAAAAAAGUAAACAUUUAAAAAUUCAUUUUGGAAAAUUUUGGUCAAAAAGUAAACAUUUAAAGUUCACUUUGAAAAAUUUUGGUCAAAAAAAGUAAACAUUUAAAAAUUCAUUUUGGAAAUUUUGGUCAAAAAAAGUAAACAUUUAAAGUUCACUCUUUGAAAAAUUUUAGUCAAAAAGUAAACAUUUAAAGUUCACUCUUGAAAAUUUUGGUCAAAAAGUAAACAUUUAAAAAUUCAUUUUUGGAAAAUUUUAGUCAAAAAAAGUAAACAUUUAAAGUUCACUUUGAAAAAUUUUGGUCAAAAAGUAAACAUUUAAAAUUCAUUUUGGAAAUUUUGGUCAAAAAAAGUAAACAUUUAAAGUUCACUCUUGAAAAAUUUUGGUCAAAAAAAGUAAACAUUUAAAAGUUCACUCUUGAAAAAUUUUGGUCAAAAAGUAAACAUUUAAAGUUCACUCUUGAAAAUUUUAGUCAAAAAGUAAACAUUUAAAAGUUCACUCUUGAAAAUUUUGGUCAAAAAAGUAAACAUUUAAAAGUUCACUCUUGAAAAAUUUUUGGUCAAAAAAGUAAACAUUUAAAAUUCAUUUUGAAAAUUUUGGUCAAAAAGUAAACAUUUAAAGUUCACUCUUGAAAAAUUUUGGUCAAAAAGUAAACAUUUAAAAGUUCACUCUUGAAAAAUUUUUGGUCAAAAAAAGUAAACAUUUAAAAAUUCAUUUUGAAAAUUUUGGUCAAAAAGUAAACAUUUAAAAGUUCACUUUGAAAAUUUUGGUCAAAAAAAGUAAACAUUUAAAAUUCAUUUUGGAAAAUUUUGGUCAAAAAGUAAACAUUUAAAAGUUCACUCUUGAAAAAUUUUGGUCAAAAAGUAAACAUUUAAAAGUUCACUUUUGAAAAUUUUUGGUCAAAAAGUAAACAUUUAAAAUUCAUUUUGGAAAAUUUUGGUCAAAAAGUAAACAUUUAAAGUUCACUCUUGAAAAAUUUUGGUCAAAAAGUAAACAUUUAAAAGUUCACUCUUGAAAAUUUUGGUCAAAAAGUAAACAUUUAAAGUUCACUCUUUGAAAAUUUUUGGUCAAAAAGUAAACAUUUAAAAGUUCACUUUUGAAAAUUUUGGUCAAAAAAAGUAAACAUUUAAAAGUUCACUCUUGAAAAUUUUGGUCAAAAAAGUAAACAUUUAAAAGUUCACUUUUGAAAAAUUUUGGUCAAAAAAGUAAACAUUUAAAGUUCACUCUUGAAAAAUUUUGGUCAAAAAGUAAACAUUUAAAAGUUCACUCUUGAAAAAUUUUGGUCAAAAAAAGUAAACAUUUAAAAGUUCAUUUUUGAAAAUUUUGGUCAAAAAAAGUAAACAUUUAAAAGUUCACUUUUGAAAAUUUUGGUCAAAAAAAGUAAACAUUUAAAAGUUCACUUUUGAAAAUUUUGGUCAAAAAAGUAAACAUUUAAAGUUCACUCUUGAAAAAUUUUUGGUCAAAAAAAGUAAACAUUUAAAAUUCACUUUUGAAAAUUUUGGUCAAAAAGUAAACAUUUAAAAGUUCACUCUUGAAAAAUUUUGGUCAAAAAGUAAACAUUUAAAAGUUCAUUUUGAAAAAUUUUGGUCAAAAAAGUAAACAUUUAAAAGUUCACUUUUGAAAAUUUUGGUCAAAAAAGUAAACAUUUAAAAGUUCACUCUUGAAAAUUUUGGUCAAAAAGUAAACAUUUAAAAGUUCACUCUUGAAAAUUUUGGUCAAAAAGUAAACAUUUAAAAUUCAUUUUGAAAAUUUUUGGUCAAAAAGUAAACAUUUAAAAGUUCACUUUGAAAAAUUUUGGUCAAAAAGUAAACAUUUAAAAAUUCAUUUUGGAAAAUUUUGGUCAAAAAAAGUAAACAUUUAAAGUUCACUCUUGAAAAAUUUUGGUCAAAAAGUAAACAUUUAAAAGUUCACUUUUUGAAAAAUUUUGGUCAAAAAAGUAAACAUUUAAAAUUCAUUUUGAAAAUUUUGGUCAAAAAAAGUAAACAUUUAAAGUUCACUCUUGAAAAAUUUUUGGUCAAAAAAAGUAAACAUUUAAAAGUUCACUCUUGAAAAAUUUUGGUCAAAAAGUAAACAUUUAAAAGUUCACUUUUGAAAAAUUUUGGUCAAAAAGUAAACAUUUAAAGUUCACUCUUGAAAAUUUUUGGUCAAAAAAAGUAAACAUUUAAAAGUUCACUCUUGAAAAUUUUUGGUCAAAAAAAGUAAACAUUUAAAAGUUCACUCUUGAAAAUUUUGGUCAAAAAGUAAACAUUUAAAGUUCACUCUUGAAAAAUUUUGGUCAAAAAAAGUAAACAUUUAAAAUUCAUUUUGGAAAAUUUUGGUCAAAAAAAGUAAACAUUUAAAGUUCACUCUUGAAAAAUUUUGGUCAAAAAGUAAACAUUUAAAAGUUCACUCUUGAAAAAUUUUGGUCAAAAAAAGUAAACAUUUAAAAGUUCACUCUUGAAAAUUUUGGUCAAAAAAAGUAAACAUUUAAAGUUCACUCUUGAAAAUUUUGGUCAAAAAAAGUAAACAUUUAAAAUUCAUUUUUGAAAAUUUUGGUCAAAAAAAGUAAACAUUUAAAGUUCACUCUUGAAAAAUUUUGGUCAAAAAAAGUAAACAUUUAAAAGUUCACUCUUGAAAAUUUUUGGUCAAAAAAAGUAAACAUUUAAAAGUUCACUCUUGAAAAUUUUGGUCAAAAAAAGUAAACAUUUAAAAGUUCACUCUUGAAAAUUUUGGUCAAAAAAGUAAACAUUUAAAAUUCAUUUUGGAAAAUUUUGGUCAAAAAAAGUAAACAUUUAAAAGUUCACUCUUGAAAAUUUUGGUCAAAAAAAGUAAACAUUUAAAAGUUCACUCUUGAAAAUUUUGGUCAAAAAGUAAACAUUUAAAAGUUCACUCUUGAAAAUUUUUGGUCAAAAAGUAAACAUUUAAAAGUUCACUCUUGAAAAUUUUGGUCAAAAAAAGUAAACAUUUAAAAGUUCACUCUUGAAAAAUUUUGGUCAAAAAAAGUAAACAUUUAAAAUUCAUUUUGGAAAAUUUUGGUCAAAAAAGUAAACAUUUAAAAGUUCACUCUUGAAAAUUUUGGUCAAAAAAAGUAAACAUUUAAAAAUUCAUUUUGGAAAAUUUUGGUCAAAAAAAGUAAACAUUUAAAGUUCACUCUUGAAAAAUUUUUGGUCAAAAAAAGUAAACAUUUAAAGUUCACUCUUGAAAAAUUUUUGGUCAAAAAAGUAAACAUUUAAAGUUCACUCUUGAAAAAUUUUUGGUCAAAAAAGUAAACAUUUAAAGUUCACUCUUGAAAAUUUUGGUCAAAAAAGUAAACAUUUAAAGUUCACUUUGAAAAUUUUGGUCAAAAAAGUAAACAUUUAAAGUUCACUCUUGAAAAUUUUGGUCAAAAAAGUAAACAUUUAAAGUUCACUCUUGAAAAUUUUGGUCAAAAAAGUAAACAUUUAAAGUUCACUCUUGAAAAUUUUGGUCAAAAAAGUAAACAUUUAAAGUUCACUCUUGAAAAUUUUUGGUCAAAAAAAGUAAACAUUUAAAGUUCACUCUUGAAAAUUUUUGGUCAAAAAAAGUAAACAUUUAAAGUUCACUUUUGAAAAUUUUUGGUCAAAAAAAGUAAACAUUUAAAGUUCACUCUUGAAAAAUUUUUGGUCAAAAAAGUAAACAUUUAAAAUUCAUUUUGGAAAAUUUUGGUCAAAAAAAGUAAACAUUUAAAAGUUCACUCUUGAAAAAUUUUGGUCAAAAAAAGUAAACAUUUAAAGUUCACUCUUGAAAAAUUUUUGGUCAAAAAAAGUAAACAUUUAAAAAUUCAUUUUGGAAAAUUUUGGUCAAAAAAAGUAAACAUUUAAAGUUCACUCUUGAAAAUUUUGGUCAAAAAAAGUAAACAUUUAAAAAUUCAUUUUGGAAAUUUUGGUCAAAAAGUAAACAUUUAAAGUUCACUCUUGAAAAAUUUUGGUCAAAAAAAGUAAACAUUUAAAAGUUCACUCUUGAAAAUUUUGGUCAAAAAAGUAAACAUUUAAAGUUCACUUUGAAAAUUUUUGGUCAAAAAGUAAACAUUUAAAGUUCACUUUGAAAAAUUUUUGGUCAAAAAAAGUAAACAUUUAAAAUUCAUUUUGGAAAAUUUUGGUCAAAAAAGUAAACAUUUAAAGUUCACUUUGAAAAAUUUUUGGUCAAAAAAAGUAAACAUUUAAAGUUCACUCUUUGAAAAAUUUUGGUCAAAAAAAGUGACCAUUUACUUUUCACUUUGAAAAAAAUUUGGUCAUUAGGACGAACAUUUAUUUACUAGUCAGAAUAUGAUUGUUUAGAAAAUGACCAUUUAUUUUUUUCAGUCAUUAUUUGAAAAAGUCACAAAAUGAAAAAGAAUGAAAGUGAUCAAUUUUGGUUGAUCUUUCAAAAAACGACAUUCGUUUGAAAUGUCAAAAAGAAAAUUUUUUUCGUUUUUUUGAAAAAAAUAUCAUUUUUUUCAAUUGGUCAUUUUGAGAACUCUACCAUGCACUAUCUCUUUUUUUUUUCGUGUCAGGACCCUUUUUCUUAGAUGUCUCAAGCCAGCCGUGGCUCAGCUAAUGUACUUUUCGAAAAAAUUUUGAAAAACGGAAACUAAAAUUUAAAAUUUUCAAAAUUGCAUCUCAAAAAUCAAAAACCACCAUUUCUGUACAUGAUGAAAGUCUUAGUGUUUUUGAUUUCUUCCCUUUUUCAAAGAUUUUCGAAUUAUUUUCCAAGUUCCUUGAGAAACUGUAAGACUCAGUCCCGAUUAUAGGUCUUUCCCGUUCUUCGACCCCAUUGAUAACACUAUCAUUACCUCGUUUCUUCUCAUUUGCGACCUUUUCUUUGCAUUUUUUCUUGGAUUUGAUUUUCAAGCUUUCUUUUAGGUUUCUUGUUCAAUAACCGUAGCUUUUAUAUCAAUUUUUUGAAGAAGUUCGAAAGUACUUGAAUUUUCAUAAUCGAGAAAUAAAUCUCAAAAAGUCUUCGCUUGGAAUUAAAUAAUUCAUUUUAAGAGGUCUCACAACGAAGAGUCGUUUUCCGAGUUUUUUAGGCCAUGAUCAUUCCAGAAACUUUCUUUGAACUUUUCAGAUUCCCAAAAUUUGCAUAACAUUACGAACUUUCCUAAUUUCCUUGAUAAAAAUUGAUGAAAAGCUCAUCCUGCUCAUUUACAGUAAUAAUGAAGACGCUACUGGUCUUGGCUGGAAUCCUGUUGUGGCCUCUGGGUCCCCUGGAAGCGGAAAAACUCCGACCUCUAACGUCUACUCGAUCGCCAGGAUUCCCUUUCGACGACGCCGACGAUAUUGGCGACGUCAACGACGUCAUGGAGAUGUUCUUCUACAGGGAGAACACCCUGACCGAAGAAAAAUGGCUCAAAAUGCUGCCGGUCCAGGAGGAGAUCAACGAGAUGCGAAAGGUGAUCAGAAGGGAAAAUCGGGUCCCAUGAAACUGUCUGACCUGCCUGUGCUCUCUUUUCUCUCGCCUAUCACCAGCGAGGUCAUGGAAAAAGGAAAAUAGCACGUAAACAAGAGAGAAAAGAAGGUGCAGAAAAGUAGGACUAAAUGAGUUCUCAACUUUUAAAAAGGCCCUCAUUUUCCACGGCGUUUUUGUUAGUGGAAAAAAUGCGGAACCGAAAAUGAAGGGGGCGGAGCCAAAACUCCGCUGUUAUUAUGUGAAUCGAUUUCUCAUUUUAGUAGACGCUACUUUUCUAUUGCCGUGUUCGAAGUGAUUCUGCGAAGUUCGAAAUAGCCGCCAGAAAGUAAAAAACAUAUAACUGAGUUUCGGAAAUUUAGAGAUAAUUUUUCGCGGAAAUUAAUUUAAACACGGCAUGUGCAAGAGCGCCGCAGUGUAUGCACACGACACACUACAUUUUACGAAAAAAGCCGUAACAUACACUAAGAAUAACUGCCGAGAUAAACGCGAGACACUGGCGGUACAUUGACGAGCUCGCAAACAUCUCGCUUUUUUUUCUCGCGCCGGUCUCGCAUUUUUCUGGGCGCCAGCUCGCAUUUCUCUCGCAAUUUGAAAAUUUCCGAAAUGCAAGAUAAAAGCGAUAUGGCGCCGAGAAAAAUGCGAGGUCGCGCCGAGAUAAAUGCGGGAUCGCGCCUAGAAAAAAGCGACAUUUUUGCGAGUUAGUCAAUGUACCGCCACCGAGCUCGCGUUUAUCUCGUCAGUUAUUCUUAGUGUAAUUUUUUCUGGAUUUUUUCCAUGGUUUAGACCAAAAAUGAUAACUUCAAUUUUUCAUUUUCAAUCCAUAGAUUUGAAGAAAUUCUUUCAGUUACUCGCGACCCUGUACAGUGGUGAGGUCGACUUAAGCAACAUUUUGACGAAUUUGCCGGCUCUUCAGCCGUAUAUCGAUGUCACUUUGUUCACUGUUAGUUUCGACAAAAAUGAUAACAGAACAUUGAAUAUUUUUAGGACAACUUCUACAUUGUCCACGAGAAAUUUCCGCCGACCAAAAAUGAGUUAUUCGCUCGCGGGUGGGGCUACGCGGUGAUUGCCAGGAAAUCAGCGAGUUUGAGGUGAUUUGAAAAUUGUGAAAAUUCUAUCAAAUAACGUUGAAAUCAACAUUGAAAUCCAAAAUUUGUCAUAACUUUUACCUAAAACUAUUAAAAUUGAUUCACUUCUUUGAGAUUUUUUUAUCUGCAUAAAUGGGUCAUUUUGGCUCAUUCACACGUUUUUCCUUGUUUUUUUUUUCAAUGGCGUGUUCAAUUUGAUUCCGCGAAAUGCAAAAUGAUCUCUGACUCUCCAAAAAUUAGUGAUCUUUUCCUUUCUCAAACGGGUAUUUUGCAUUUCGCGGAAACAAAUUGAACACAGCAUUAAAUUUUCAUCUCAGUUUUUCACUAAAAAGCUUCUUGGUUUCAAAAAAUGUUUAAACUCGAUCAACUAGGAAAAAAAGGUGACGUUUUCAGUAAAACACCUACCGAAAUCCAGUGAGAGAGCGGAGCCUCACAGUAACUACUCUAAAAGUUUAGGCACUAUCUCUAGUUACUGUGACAGUAAUAUCGACCUGCAAAACGGAACUUGAAAUUCAAGACUUUUCCUCGAUUUGUAUCUUUCGUUUUUUUAAAUGUUGUGUCUCUAGUUUAUUUCCGCGUACAUUUGUGAAAUUAAAGUACCUUUUGCGACGAUGAUUUUUCCAUAGGGCUGAAUUUUUUUGAUGAUCUAACAACUAGAAAAAAAGUCAAAAACAUGCAGUAUAUUGAAAUUAACAGACUAUAAAAGUAGUAAUUCCUUCAGAAAUCUUCACCAUUCGGCGGCUCAUUUCGAAUCGGAUGGAGCUGUGUGUGCCCAGGCGGCCAAUCUUUUCGACUCCUCCAAGGGACGAUCUUUAGUCGUCGCGGGUGCCAGCCGAUACGCCAUCAAAGGGUCUGUUUUCUGUAUAAUUAUCAAUGAAAUUUCCACCGUUUUCUUCGAAUUGAUGUGAAAUCGAUACCUUGGUUUGAUUAGCAGAAGCGAUCAAAAGCCAUGAUUUUUUGUCACAACCUGGCGGUGAUUGAACUAUAUUUCUUGACUGAUUUAUUGAUUUAUUGAUCGCUUUUUCUCGUUUUUUGAUGAAGUUCGCUUCAGAAACUCUUCGACAACAUGCCAACCAAUGUACACACUGACCGACGCCGCCCACGCCAAGGAAACCAUGUUUAAUGUUUGUUUUUUUCUUAAUUUUUUUAGCGAGUUAAAAAUAGUGAAUUAGUGAAAAUCCGACAAACAAUUUUUUUCAGUCUACUUUUUUUCAUAGGAAGUUAGAUUUUUUUACGUGAAUUUGAUAAUCCUGGGAUUUUUUUAAAAAAAUAAUUUUUCAAUCAAGUAAAACCAAAAAUUCUUCGAUUUCUCACACAAAUUCCGUCGUAUCUUUAUGAAAUUAAGGUGGUAUGAAAAAAACACCAGCGAAAAUUCAAACGGCGACAUUUUCCGAUUUUUUCAUAUCGCUAGGGAACUUUCCGACGGCCACCUUUCCGACGAAAUUUUUUCCGACUUUUUUCCCUUAUAUUUUUCUGUUUAUAAGACAUCUAUUUAAAUUUUUUUCCUAUUUCUUUGUGUUUUAAUCAUCAACCAACUAUCUACUUCAUAUAGGAAGAUUUAAAACGAAGAUUUUAUCGAGAAAAAAAGUCGGAAAAAGAUUCGUCGGAAAGGUAGCCGUCGGAAAGUUCCCUAGCGAUUUGAAAAAAUCGGAAAAGUCGCCGUUUGAAUUUUCGCUGGUGUUCUUUUAAUACCACCGAAAUUAAGGCCGAUUUUUCUCCGAAUCAAAGCUCUUGACGAAGAAUAGGUAUGAUUCGUUGUAGAAGAUUCGGAUUUCGAUUCUCAAGAUAUACCUAAAUAAGAAAGGAACCAAAAAAGUAGUUCAAACUGACCAUCAAUAAACGGAGGGUCGACAGUUCGGCAAAGAAUCGGCCGAAUUAAGAGGAAAAAAAAAAGAAAGAUUAAAGAAAAAAGUUGAACCAACCAAAGUUAAUAAUAACAGUUGAUAAAAAUAUUUUUAAGUUUGGAACGUAUCUGAUCGAUGAAUCUCCACAAAUGCAAAGAACUUUCGCAGUUCUAAAACGAAGAUUGAAGCUCGGAAGAAAGAAAUCCUUGAAAUUCAGCUAAGACGAACUUUAGAGCGUUCUGAUUAAAACCUAAAAAGUUUCAUCUUUUUUCACAUGUAAGUUGAUUUCAUUUAAGCUCAAAAAUGACAGAAAUCCUCAUUUUUUUCCACAAUUUUCGCGCUUCUCUUUUAGAAAUUUAGGCCUAUCUAUUGAAUAUUAUCUUUCGAAAACAGUGAACUUACAGCAAAUGAACGUGAUGCUGAAGUUCCUGAGCGAAAAGGAAGCGAAAAACGAGAAUCGCGUCAGCGACGACGUCUUCAUCCAAUGGCAUGGAAUGGCCGAAACAAGGCAUUUUCCUGAAAAUUUUCGGAUUGAUGUACUUUUUCUCCAGUUGCCUCUCCUCGGCAGUCUUCAUAUCGGCUGGCCUGCCCAACAAUUCGAUUUAUGACAGUGAUAUCCCGGCCACCAGGGUAUUUUUAUUUAAUCGAUCAAUUUUUGUCAGAUUCUUCUAGUAGAUCAGAGUAGUUUAUUUAGAUAAAAACGGGGAAAAUUUUUUUUUACUCGCAAUUUAUGUCGAAAAAUUGACCAUAAUUGGCUGAAAAAGGUCCUAUUUUAAAGAAAUUUCCAAGAAAAUUUUUUUUAUAGUGUUACCAAUUUAGUGUUGUUAUGUUUAAAAAAUGGAGACUUUGUUUUUUUUUUCUCAAAGUUUUUUACUCCAAUUUGAAAAAGCCAGAGAAAGCGACAUGGAUCGAAAAAUGAGUAUCAUGGUGGGAUUUUAGUAUACUAUCAAUCAGUUGAAAAACUAAAAAGAUUCCAUCCCUUCAAAAACAUUUCUCCAGCUGAUGAAGACGUUCAACGACCUGGCGACGACGAUGAAGGCGUCGACGCCACGACAAGACCACGACUGUCGCCUCACGGCCGGCUCCAACGUCUUCGGCCGCUACGUCAACGGCGUCGCCUUCAACCAGACCUGCCACACGGCUGCGCGACCUGAGGUUGGAGGAAUAUGGUGAACUCCGCGCGGACUUGUCAUGUUUAAAAAAAUAUUAGAAAAACCUACAGUAUACAUAGAUUUUCGCUGUAAGACCAUUCGUUCGUCUAAUGUUCAUUCAGUCGUCAUAGAAAAUUCUCUACUGAAUCAUGGAAUAAUUGAAGAAUGUCUGUCGGUUCGGGGAACUGUAGUUGACCAAGGACGACGCGUAGAUCAUGACGCCCUCUUUUGAAAUUAGUAGACGAGUUUUGAGCGUUCCGAUGAUCAGCUGCGUCUCCAUGUGGGAGCAGUACGGCUUGUCCAGGGCUGGUCGGAUCAAAUCUCAGGCGAGAGUGGAGAUUAAUACCUAGCGCUAAGGAGAUAGAAAUGAGAUGAUUCAUCUGAAAAUAUACGGUACUUUGGCCCAAAAAAAAACGUGACAAGUUGGAGCGGAAUAGGCUAUAAAACCUCCCCACCAGAAUCAAAAAGUAGUUUCAGGACGUCGUCGGCCAGUUCGUGCACAUCGAGCAGAAGAGAGCCGCCCGCGACGACGUCUCCCUCUGGAGCGAAAUCGUCAACGCGGCUUUCCCACCGAAAAAGACGAAUUUUAAAAAACGCCAAUUUUCGAAGCGACCCACGUUUUGAUCGUCCUCAUCGGCAUUCUACUCAUAUCGGGUCUCUAAAAUGGCUUUAUAUUGAACUUACGGAUAUAACUAACGGAAAAGGCGGCUUUACUAACAAUAAUUAUUCCACGUUGAAAUAAAGAUUGAUCAUUUUCGACAUUUUAGUCGGCCAGAAGUGGUCGGCAAUGGAAUAUGUUCAUGUGCUGCGGAAUCAAGAGGUUUUUUGGACUUUUAGAGGUCUCCGGAUCCGUUCUUUUCGAAGAAAGAGGUGGUUCGAAGACUUGAGUUUUGAGUGAAUACUGGAGGGGUCUAGUGAUCGCUCUAGUGGUUUUGGCAACUCCUAAAUGAAUCCUUGGAGCCGUAUCGUUCCUUAGAAGAGUCUUCAUAAAAAGGGGCCAAAAUCACUAAACUGACUACUGAGAAUUGAAGAUUACAAUUCCAGCAAAGAAAUUCAUUUUUUUCUUUUGAGUAAUUUCAGUGAAAAAGCUGAUGUAUGACAAUAAUUCUUAAAAAAAGAUAGAAAUUAAUAAUUUUGAUUAAAAUAGUAGUAGCAAUGACUUUACAGUUCCCUGAGGUUCAUUAUGAUUCAAGGUCCCUAUUUUUCCGAUAGUUUUCGUAAAAGAACACUAAAAGACUUGAAAUCCACUUGUCUAGCCUUGAAAAGUUUCCUCCAGCAGGUCACAGCUCUUAUUGGUUUGUUUUUACUUAAACUCGCCAGAAAUGGGCGUGUCCAACCAAUCAGGGACGUAGUUUGCUAGAGAGGACUUUGAAAGCAAGAGAAGUAGAAGUUUGAUUGCAUGGGGAAUGGCUCAACGCUCGGCGGUAACUUUUAAGGUGCGACCGACCUCAAAUGACUUUUCUGCUUCUUGAACCGCAGCGCGACCGCUACGCGUUGAGUCAUUCUGCAUGCGGCCAUAUAGAUGAUUCACGGCUGGCUUGAUCCAUCGAAAAAGGGUCCUGACAAGAUAAUACAAGAGAUAGUCCCUGGCUCGUGGAGAGCGCAGACAGGUCACGCCCCUUAAGGGUCCCAAGCUAGCCGUGAAUCGACUAUAAUUUUUCACUUUGAAAGGUCCAAAAGGUCAAUUAUAGGAAGUUCGGUCAAUGGUCUUGGGUGGCGUGAAAAGGUUCUGCAAGAGCUACGGCGACUCGUAUCUCUCGAUCGACGUCGGAUUUCAGAAGACCAUUGGAAUUGAACAGGUCCACGACAAGUGAGAAUCUAUUUUUCGAUUCAAAGGAAGCAAUGAUUUUUCAGUUGCGCCGUUUCCACGCUCACCCUCGUCAAACCAGAUGACUACGUUUCAUCGAAACCGUCCAAAGCAAAAUCCAAAAAAGUAUUUCUCGAAAAUAUUCACGCUUUCAACGAAUAUUUUCCAGGAUAAAAUCGAGAAUAGUUUUAACAAAACGGCCAAAGGAGGUGAGUUUUGAAUGGAAGAAAAUCAUGGUAAUAAUUGAAUUAGAAAAUGUUUCAUAGCUAAAAAUAUGUAUUGAGAAAGCUAGGACUGCUUUUAAAUGAAAAAAAUGAGAGAGUAUUUUUUUAAACUCUUGAAAGUUUCUCACUGAAAAAAACAGUUUCUAAAUUUUUCUAUUCUUGAGCAUCCUAUGAAAGAUGAAAGAAGCUUGUAAAAUUUUAAUUUUCCUGAAUUUUUCUUUCCGAGUAGAAGUAGCUUCAAAAAUAUCUUUUUCUGACUUAGAAAACUUCUCAAAAAUCUCAAAAAUUUGGUGGGAACAAAAUUAAAAUGAGGCUCUCAUCUUGCAAAAACUCAACUGAAUUUUUCUGAAAAAGUUCAAAAAAAUGUUUUUUUCUGUUUAAGGUCCUCUUUUUUUCAAAAUUAUAAAGUUUUUUUGUUUUGAACAAAAAAAUCAUUUUCUAAGCAAUUUCUAGAAAACCACGAUAUAGUAAACGUUUCCCGACUUGGAAGGCGAGGGAGGCGGGGCAAGGGGCAGGGGCGCGUAGCGUGUGCGUACGCGGUUUUUGGCACGAGUUGAAUCUAAGCGCACCGACUAUUCAAAAAGCUCGGUUUCUUUUUUUCUAUUCCACUAUUUUUUUAAUGCGCACAUGAAAAUAAGCAAUAAUUAAUUUUAAACGAAAUGAAAAGAGCGAUAAACGAGCUCUCCAAAUAGUUGCUGGCAGUUGAAUUGAACUCGUGCCAAGAACCGCGUACGCACACGCUACGCCCCCCGCCCCCGCCCCCGCCUCCAUCGCCUUCAAGUCGGGAAACAUUGAAUAUAUUGGAAAUUAUUAUUAAAACGCCUAGUUUUUCAAUUGCGACUUUCAGUUGCAGCAGCCGAUGGCAAGAACCCUGAAAAAUGUUGCGAAAAAAAGAAAUGAAGGUUCCAAAUCCAGAACCUGUUUUGCAAAAGGCGGAACGCAAGGUAGAAUUUCAAACCUUAUUGAUUAAAAUUGAAAAUUUUUAGGAGCUACCAUCGGGCGAAUUUUACGCAGUUCGUGACGUUCAAGAAGUUCCGGGCAGUAGGAAUAAGCGAGUAUCGAAGUCUCUCGCAAAACCAACCGAAGAGUGUCUGACGGUAUGCUUUUUUUGUAGAGCAACUGGGGUCUUUAACGGCGCAUGGAGAAAAUUUUGAUUUGGUCUUGAAGGGAAGAGCCUCUUUGAGCUCUUCCGUGUCUUUAAAGACUUCUAGGCAGUAAAAAGGAAGUUUUGAAGCUUUUAUAGGUUCUUAUAGAGCUUCUUAUUAUAAUCCGAACGAUCAUCGUGAAGUUGUACAGAAGUCCCUACUUUAAAAAAAAAGUGCGCAGAGUGCAUUUUGCAGCAUCAUUGCUCUAUGGAUAAAACUCAUCUUCAUUUUUUGUUUCACUCUUAGACAUUGGUAACGUGUCCAGGCGUGUCGGAGCCUCUAAAGUGACCCCUUCAGCGGCGUCAGAACUCUUAAGUGAUCCCUAGCAUAGCUCAGAAAAUUCAGGGGUACUCUCGGAUUCCUGGUUUAUGUUCUCGCGUUUUUUUCAUAUUUUGAAAAGUCAAAAUCCAUUUUUAUUGCCCAUAUGCCUUUAAACGACUUUUAAAUGAACUAUGAGACCAACCAGUCCAAAAUACACCUUUCAAAAAUUUUAAGGCCCGAGAAAUAGCGACACGAGAGCCUGGACAGAAGUCCGACCCAACCGAUCGCGAUGCCGAAUCUCUUCGAUCAGGCAAAUCGGUAAUUUUACUCGUCGGGAACUUUUAAUUUUCCCCUUACAGCCUUGCGCUUCGGAUAAUGAAAUCCCAAGCAACAGUGAAUUUAAACCACGGCCUAAGAGGUACCGACGACAGUCUCUCCGGAAGAAUUCCGAAUUUGAAAAGGUGAAUCCGCCGAUAGAAGUCAAGCAAGAGGUGAGAAAAGCAUCGGAGUUCAGAAAAAAGAAUGAGAAGAGGUUUAAGGUCAAGCCUCUAGUUGAACUGAAAGAAGCGCCCAAGCCAAAAAGUCCUCCUUCCGACGUGAAUACCGCCGUAGAACUCAAAGAAGAAGUACCCAAAAUCGAUGAGAAGCUUCAAAUGGAGCCGAAGCAAGAAGAAGCGCCGAAAGUUGAAGUCCAGCCGGAAGCUCCGCCUCCUGAAGUGAAACAAGAAGAAGCGCGAGUCCAGCCGGAAGCUCCACCUCCUGAAGUGAAGCCGGCAGAAGAACCAAAAGUCGAGGUGAAACAGGCGAUCGAAGUCAAAGAAGUAGCUGAACCGAAGACCGAACCUCAGCCUCCACCUGAGCUGAAUCCAGAAGAAGCUCGGAAAGUUGAAGUCCAAACAGAAAGUACAGCCUUAUACCUGACACCAGUACCAGAACCACAGAAGGAAGUGGGAGGCAAAUCGGAGUAUCUUCCAGUGCAGCCACCGACGGAGCUGAAGCAAGGAGAAGCACCGAAAAUGGAACCCAAACUAGAAGAGAUCAAAAAAGAAGAACCGAUGGUUGAAGCCAAGCCAGUGACUGAGAUUAAAAUAGUUGAAGAGAAGAAGGUUUGAAAAAAUAAAGGAAGGAAAUAAUAAAUGAUGAAUAUUCAGGUUGAAGCCACGCCGGAGAAUCCACCUGAAGUGAAGGCGGUAGAAGAGAUCAAGAAAGAAGAACCGAAGGUCGAAGUUCAACCUGUGACAGAGCUCAAACCGGAACCUGAGACCAAACAAGAAGAAGCUCAAAAAGUUGAAGCCGCACUAGCACCUGAACUCAAGCAGAAAGAUGCUCAAGAAGUCAAGACUGAGAGUGUAGUUCUCUAUCUGAAGCCGCCAACCGAGCCGAAACAAGAAGUUGGAGGCAAAUCUGAAUAUCUUCAAGUCCUCCCACCGACUGAGGUCAAAGAAGAGGCUAAACCUCCGACCGAGCCCAAACCAGAAGUCUUCGAAGUCAAGCCUGAGCCCAAACAAGAAGAAGCGCCGAAAACCGAAUACAAGGCGGAAAGUGUGGUUCUAUACUUGAAGCCGCCAACCGAGCCCAAAAAAGAAGUUGGAGGCAAGUCGGAGUAUCUUCCAGUCCAGCCACCGACUGAGAUCAGAACAGAAGAACCGAAGGUCGAAGCUGCGCCUCCCAUCGAACUCAAACCAGCACCUGAAGCAAAGCCAGAAGAAGCACCAAAAGUAGAAGAAGCGCCGAAGAUUGAAGCAAAUCCGCCAGUCGAGCCUAAACAAGAAGAAGCGCCGAAAGUUGAACCCACUCCAGUGUCUGAACCCAAGCCGGAAGAAGCGCCAAAAGUGGAAGCUCAGCCAGAAGUCCCAGUUUCCGAAGUAAAGGCCGAAGAGAUCAAACCUGAAGAAACACCAAAAGUUGAAGUGAUACCACCAGCAGAACCCAAGCAAGAAGAAGCACCUAAAGUUGAACCUGCUCCAGUUUCGGAACGCAAACCGGAAGAACCGCCGAAAGUUGAACCCAAACCAGAAGAGCCACCGAAGGUUGAACCUGCUCCAGCUUCGGAACCCAAACCGGAAGAACCACCAAAAGUUGAACCUGCUCCAGUUUCGGAACGCAAACCGGAAGAACCGCCGAAAGUUGAACCCAAACCAGAAGAGCCACCGAAGGUUGAACCUGCUCCAGCUUCGGAACCCAAACCGGAAGAACCGCCGAUAGCUGAAGUCAAGCCAGAAGAACCACCAAAAGCUGAACCCAAACCCGAAGAAGCGCCGAAGGUUGAACCUGCUCCAGUGUCGGAACCCAAACCAGAAGAAGCUCCGGUAGCAGAACUCAAGGCAGAAGAACCGCCGAAAGCUGAACCCAUAUCAGAAGAAGCGCCAAAAGUCGAACCUGCUCCAGUGUCUGAACCGAAACCAGAGGAACCGCCAAAAGCUGAACCCAAACCCGAAGAAGCGCCGAAGGUUGAACCUGCUCCAGUGCUUGAACCCAAACCAGAAGAACCGCCAAAAGCUGAUCCCAAACCCGAAGAACCACCGAAGGUUGAACCCAAACCAGAAGAACCGCUAAAAGCUGAACCUAAGCCCGAAGAAGAGCCGAAAGCUGAAGCCAAGCGGGAAAGCCCAACUCCCGACGUGAAGACAGCAGAAGAGAUCAAGGAAGAAGGAAGAAAACCAACAGCUCCAGCAGCCGUCGUCGAACUAAAAUCCGACCGUACGCAACCGAACUCUCCUCCGACAACUUCAGCGAGAACUGAGCCGACAACUUCAACCAGUACGACGAGUCUGAUCAGCAGCCCGACGCCACGCACCUGGGCCAAGGCCACUCAGGUACGGAUAAUUUUGGAAAUUGAGCUAUUCAAACUUAGAGAAGAUGAAAAACUUUUUCAUGCGUUGAAUUUUUGAGCAAAGAAAGCCUGAAUACUUGCUAACAUUUUUGCAAAAAAAAAAACAACUUUCAAAAGGAAGACAGAAAUCCUUUUAAAGGCGCAUAGCUCAGAUUUCACUGUUGUAGAACCAUUUAUUUGGUAGAAGCUCUAAAUGAAAAAACUGCGCUAAUCAAAACAGAACAGAGGUACCGUAGCGAAUCAAGAGAUACUGUAGCUUAGCUAUGCGCCUUUAAACUUGAAAAAUUUCUAAAUUUCUGAAAAUCGACAUAAGUACAAUAACUGCUUGUCAAUGAUACUUCGAGAAUCGUUUGAACUUUUAAAGAAUUUUCUCGUCAAACUUUUAGAUUUUUUAAAUGUCCCUUCAGUCUAAAUUGAACUUCAGCUGACUAGAAAAAAAGUUUAGACGGAAUUCGCCAAGCCAUACAGCGGCUCGUUCGACGUGAUAAGCGUCGUCGAUGAAACUGUCACAGUCAACAUUUCAUGUACAUGA